AAUUAAAGUUUAAAAAUGGUUGAGGAACUCCCUAAUAAUCCUCACAUUAGUCUUCAAUCAUGCGCCAAGCUUUCUUUGCAUUCCUCAAUUUUUCACUCAUGUUUUCCAUUUCACAUAUUUGGUGCUCCCAACUGCCUUCCUCUCGGCCAUAAUUUUCGCUCCCCUCCGGCCGUGAAAAUCACAACGGCAAUGGCGGCCGUGUCUACGGAAGGGAUCAAGGCGGCCGUCAUAGGCGUUAUCACCUGCACCUUCCUCCUCCUCAUCACCACCGUCCAAUCCGACGCCUCCGAUCAUCGUUACAAAGCCGGGGACCCCGUCCCUCUUUACGCCAACAAGGUGGGCCCCUUCCAUAACCCCAGUGAGACCUACAGAUAUUUUGACCUUCCCUUUUGUGCUCCAGAAAAUGUGCAAGAGAAGAAGGAAGACCUAGGGGAGGUGUUGAAUGGAGAUAGACUUGUGAGUGGUCCUUAUGAGCUUAAUUUCUUGGUGGACAAAGAAUCUGAAGUUGUGUGUAGAAAGCGGAUGACGCGAAGGGAAGUAGCGAUUUUCCGAAGGGCUGUGGAUAAAGAUUAUUACUUCCAAAUGUAUUAUGACGACUUGCCGAUAUGGGGUCUUAUAGGCAGAGUGGAUAGGGAAGGCAUAGAAGAUCCCAAAGACUACAAGUAUUAUCUUUACAAACACAUUCAUUUCGAUAUCCAUUACAAUGAUGAUCGUGUUAUAGAGAUCAAUGCAAGUACAGAUCCUAAUGCAGUGAUAGACUUGAGUGAAUCCAAGGACAUCGAUGCUGAGUUCACAUACACCGUGAAAUGGAAGAAAAGUAAUAUCCCUUUUGAGAACAGGAUGGAUAAGUUCUCACAAUCAUCCUCUCAGCCUCAUCACCUCGAAAUUCACUGGUUCUCAAUCAUAAACUCUUGUGUCACGGUUCUUCUUUUAACCGGUUUCCUCACCACGAUUUUGAUGCGAGUACUUAAGAAUGACUUUAUCAAGUAUGCACAUGAUGAAGAGGCGGUUGAUGACCAAGACGAGACUGGGUGGAAGUACAUACACGGCGAUGUAUUUCGCUUCCCAAAGCAUAAGUCUUUUUUUGCCGCAGCUCUUGGAUGUGGCACUCAGCUGUUUACACUGGCUAUUUUUAUCUUUCUACUUGCAAUUGUCGGCGUUUUCUAUCCAUAUAACAGAGGAGCCCUGUUUACUGCCUUGCUGGUUAUAUAUGCACUCACUUCAGGUGUUGCUGGAUACACUGCAACUUCUUUCUAUUGCAUGCUUGAAGGAACCAACUGGGUGAGAAAUUUAUUGUUCACUGGAUGCCUUUUCUCUGGCCCUUUGGUGAUCACCUUCUGCUUCCUCAAUUCCGUGGCCAUCGCGUACAACUCAACCGCGGCUCUACCAUUCGGAACAAUUGUGGUAAUAGUCCUAAUAUGGACACUAGUGACAUCUCCUUUAUUGGUUUUUGGUGGAAUUGCAGGAAAGAAUAGAAAAAAGGGGUUUCAAGCCCCUUGCCGCACUACUAAGUAUCCAAGAGAAAUUCCACAUCUUCCUUGGUACAGAUGGGUUGUCCCUCAGAUGGCAAUGGCUGGCUUCUUGCCAUUCAGUGCUAUAUAUAUCGAACUAUAUUAUAUAUUUGCUAGUGUCUGGGGUCACAAGAUCUACACCAUUUAUAGCAUCUUGUUCGUGGUCUUCAUUAUUCUUCUCAUUGUUACGGCUUUCAUCACAAUCGCCUUGACCUACUUCCAGUUAGCAGCAGAAGAUCAUGAAUGGUGGUGGAGGUCAUUCCUAUGCGGUGGGUCAACUGGGAUUUUUAUCUACGGCUACUGCGUGUACUACUACUAUGCGAGAUCAGACAUGUCUGGUUUCAUGCAAACCUCGUUUUUCUUCGGAUACAUGGCUUGCAUCUGCUAUGGUUUCUUUCUCAUGCUUGGCACUGUUGGAUUUCGUGCUGCCCUCGUCUUCGUUCGCCAUAUUUAUAAAUCCAUUAAGUGCGAGUGAAAAUAGUUGGGAGUCUUAGCAUUUUUUUAAUCUUAUUUUUUGUUAGAGUAAUAUUGUCCUGCACAUUGUACAUUUGGAGAAACUAUUUUACCAUUAUGCAUCACGUUAUUGUUUGUAGAUGCAGGCUUUUGUCUUACUCACAAUCCUGAUGUCAUAAUAUGACGUCGAUUUAAUUGAGGGUAUUACGAUGUUACUUUCGACCUUGAAGCUUUAAAUCUAG